AUGCGAGUUAAAACGAUCUUCACCCUUUUGGGCGUUGCAUUUUUCCAAACACCCUGUAUCUGUGUCGACCAAUCGGGCUUUGAGGGGAAUACCCAACCAAUGAUCGUGAAAGAGAGACGGGACACCCCCGAAGUUGUUUUGCAAUUGAAAUACGAUGGUGGGGAACUGAAUAAGAUAUAUCUCACUCAGUUUCGUAAGGAGAGCAACCCCAUACCAACGACAGUCCCCACGAGAGCGAGCUUGUGUGCAGACCUGUGCCACUCAGGUCUUGGUGGAAGUGUCUGUGGGAGUACUUGCCAGGACAUGUUGCCCGUCGGCCUGGAAUCAGCAUUGUCGAACGUCAACAGAACUGAUGAGCAAUAUGGAUAUCCAAGAGUCAACGUUUGCCCCGUUCUUUGCGCUAAUGGAUUGGGACAACCCUUAUGCAACUGUCAAAACGAAAUUUCAACAGAGGAUGUUGACUGGAGUGCUGUUUGCGGCAUCUUUUGUAACGUCGAAAAAUAUGUAUUGCAAGGAUGCCCAGUUUGUGACGACGCCAAUAAGCAACAAAUACAAUUAGCGCAUUUACGUGUCCUAAAUACAAUAGAAGGAUGGCAAUCUUGGUGCAACCUCCAAUGUAGGCAGGGACAAGGCGGUGCAGCUUGCAACUGUGACAGACCACCUUUCUUG